CUACAUAGUAAGGCUGCGUGCGCCAUCGCAUCUUCCAUCCCGUCUCGCUGACGCCGCCGCUGCCGCUCGGUGUGUUCCUCCCGCAUGAUGCCUUCCCCAAGGUACGAACUAUUACUGGCGCCAUCGAUUCACCGAAAUUGACUUCUCGAAUGAGAGAUGGCCGGAGAGACGGGAACCAUCUCGGUGUCACAGGUUCAGGCGAUGGUUAUGAUAGCGUUCGCCGCGACCGCGUACUACAAUACGAUCGAGACCUUCUUUUCCAUUUUCACGACGUUCAAGCGCCGGCGAGGGAGAUAUUUCUGGAGCAUGGUCGUGUCUAAUACCGGCAUCAACAUCAACGUGAUUGCCUUCAUUCUGCGCUACUUCGGCUACUACCAGAAGGCAAUAUUCGCAUCAAGCAUCAUUAUACCGAUCGCCUGGUACUCGAUGGUCACAGGUCAGGCCAUCGUACUCUGGUCGAGACUGCACCUAGUUGUUCACAGCCAACGGAAGAUCCGCUGGAUAUUGACAAUGAUCACUUUCAAUGCCGUCACGAUGCAUAUCCCGGAGACGGUAAUCUUCUUUCUCGCCAACAACAGCCCCAAGCAAUACGUAAUGCCGUUCAAGAUAUACGAAAAGGUCGAGCUAGUCAUCUUCACCAUUCAGGAGACCAUAAUCGCAUCGGUCUUUCUCUACGAAGGCUACAAGAGUCUCAAGCCGUUGAGCGCAAUCAAACCCAAGGCUGUUACGAGUAUGGUUCGGCACUUGGCAUCACUGUUCGCUGUUGUCUUCAUACUAGACACAGGUUUGAUUAUCCUGGAAUACAGCGACAAAUUCGAGAUUCAGACAAUGUGCAAGCCAUUCGUUUACAGCGUUAAGCUCAAAGUCGAGUUCGUCGUGCUCAACAAGCUAUUAGCGUUCACUCGAAUGAGUGCCUGCGACUGUCGAGGCCCCGAGAGCAUACCAUCUGCCACGUUAGCUGACAGCAACAAUCGCACAAACGUUGGGAAUAACGGGGUGAUGCUAGCACUUCCAACCAUCGAGCAGACGAAUGGAUCGCUGUCUCCGCUAUGGCAGACAGCUAGGAAGGACUAUAUCUUUGAUGGACGCACGUCUCCGAUGAGCACAAGAAGCAGAAGGCGGACGAGAGAAGACGACAUGGAAAUCAGCCCAGAAGAAGACAAAGCGACAGUUUCAAUACGUGAGAAGCCGUUGAUGACGGACGAUAGCUAGUCUUGGCAGAAAAGGAACGAAAAUUGCAGAAGAUUACUACUC